CCGGAGGAUGAUGCGCAUACUCUCAGAUUUAAGGGGGGAGGUUCGGAGCUCCGGACGGUCUGUGUCGGUGUUCAACGGCGUUUCUGUCCGCCAGGAAUGAUCAAAAAAAAGACUUUUUAACAGCCGCGCGUUUGUCAAACGACACGGUAACGGAACCACGGUUCGGACAGUGAGUUCAGAGCCGGCUGAAGAACUUUUCUCCGUGUUUUUCUGUCGGUAUCUCGGAGGAGAAGAAGGAGGAGGGGGGGACCGGAGAAACGGCUGCCCGCGUCCGCGACGUCUCUGUUCGGUUACCGUCCAGCGUCGCCCUGUGAAUGACCCGGCGCUGAUGCCCCAAAGGUCUGAAUGGAGUUGCAGUCGCAGAGCAGCCAGCAGUUGUAGCUCCCUCAGCAGGAUGCUGAUGAGGCCAAGUGUACUUCUGUUUCUGGCUUUAUUCGCCCAAGUUCUCCGGACGCAGUGCCGACCCGCCAGCACAGAUGAAGUCUCUGUGGAAACACAAGCAGAGCUCUUCACGCUCUACCUUGGCGACCGUCUGGACCUGACCUGCCCGGCCAGGGACUCCCUGCACGCUGUCAACUGGACCAAAGACCAUGUGGCGGUGACGGACGGAGAACACACGCGCAUCCGCAACGGCCAGCUGGAGAUCGAGACCGCGGAGCUGACGGACUCCGGGCUGUACGCGUGCACCACCUUCGGCAACCACAGCGUCUACUUCAACGUCACAGUCGACACCCUGGCCUCCCACGAGGACGACGAUGAGGAUGAAGAGUCUUCGUCAGAAGAAGCCAAACUGCUGGGCAGUCAAAAACUGCUGCCGAUGGCCCCACAAUGGGCUCAUCCAGAAAAAAUGGAGAAAAAGCUUCACGCCGUCCCGGCGAGUAAGACCGUGAGGUUUCGAUGCCAGGCCAGCGGCAACCCAAUGCCCACCCUGAAGUGGUACAAGAACGGCAAGGAGUUCAAGAGGGACCAUCGCAUCGGAGGCUUCAAGGUCCGUGACCACGUGUGGACCAUCAUCAUGGAGUCUGUAGUGCCCUCUGACAAGGGCAACUACACCUGCGUGGUGGAGAACCAGUACGGCAGCAUCAAUCACACCUACCAGCUCGAUGUAGUCGAGCGCUCGCCGCACAGGCCGAUCCUGCAGGCCGGGCUUCCGGCUAAUCGCACGGCGGUGGUGGGAAGCGACGUGGAGUUCGAGUGCAAGGUGUUCAGCGACCCUCAGCCUCACAUCCAGUGGCUGAAGCACAUCGAGGUCAACGGGAGCCGAGUCGGCCCUGAUGGUUUGCCGUAUGUCCGCGUGCUCAAGCAUUCAGGGGUCAAUAGCUCCGACGCUCAGGUGCUGACCCUCUACAAUGUGACUGAGGAGGAGAAUGGAGAGUAUAUAUGUAAAGUGUCCAAUUAUAUAGGAGAGGCCAAUCAGUCGGCCUGGCUGACUGUCACCAGAUAUGAGCCCACAGCCGUCCCGCACUACCCUCCGGCCAACCACACCUACCUGGAGGUCGUCAUCUACUGCGUGGGCUUCUUCUUCAUCGCCGUCAUGAUCGCCAUCGCGAUUAUUGUGAAGAUCCGCACCUCGUCGAAGAAGAGCGACUUCAACGGCCCGCUCGCCGUCCACAAGCUGGCCAAGAGCAUCCCGCUGCGCAGACAGGUAACAGUGUCUGUGGACUCGAGCUCCUCCAUCCACUCCGGUGUGAUGCUGGUUCGUCCUUCCCGCCUCUCCUCCAGCGGAUCUCCGAUGCUGUCAGGGGUGUCCGAGUACGAACUACCCCAGGAUCCCCGCUGGGAGCUUCCCCGGGACAGGCUCGUUCUCGGGAAGCCGCUGGGCGAAGGCUGCUUCGGUCAGGUGGUGAUGGGAGAGGCACUCGGCCUCGACAAAGAGAAGCCGAACCGUGUCACCAAGGUCGCGGUGAAGAUGUUGAAAUCCGACGCCACAGAGAAAGACCUGUCAGACCUGAUUUCAGAGAUGGAGAUGAUGAAGAUCAUCGGGAAGCACAAGAACAUCAUUAAUCUGCUGGGAGCCUGCACACAGGACGGUCCUCUGUACGUGAUAGUCGAGUACGCAUCCAAGGGCAACUUGCGGGAGUACUUGCGAGCUCGGCGCCCGCCGGGCAUGGAGUACUGCUACAACCCGGACCAGGUUCCCGUGGAGAACAUGUCCAUCAAAGACCUCGUGUCCUGCGCUUACCAAGUGGCCCGCGGCAUGGAGUAUCUGUCCUCCAAGAAGUGCAUCCACAGAGAUCUCGCCGCUCGCAACGUUUUGGUGACGGAGGACAACGUGAUGAAAAUAGCCGACUUUGGCCUGGCGAGGGACAUCCACCACAUCGAUUACUACAAGAAGACCACGAACGGUCGUUUACCCGUGAAGUGGAUGGCUCCUGAAGCUCUGUUCGACCGGAUAUACACCCACCAAAGUGACGUCUGGUCAUUCGGGGUGCUGCUUUGGGAGAUCUUCACCCUGGGUGGCUCUCCGUACCCCGGCGUCCCCGUGGAGGAGUUGUUCAAGCUGCUGAAGGAAGGUCACCGAAUGGACAAGCCUUCGACGUGCACUCACGAGCUGUACAUGAUGAUGAGGGACUGCUGGCACGCCGUGCCCUCUCAGAGACCCACGUUCAAGCAGCUGGUGGAGGAUCUAGAUCGCUGCCUGGCCAUGACGGCCAACCAGGAGUAUCUGGAGCUGUCGGUGCCUCUGGAUCAAUACUCCCCGAGCUACCCGGACACCCGCAGCUCCACCUGCUCUUCAGGUGAGGACUCGGUGUUCUCCCACGAUGCCGGCGCCGAGGAGCCGUGCCUGCCAAAGUUCCCUCCGCACUCGAACGGGGCGGCCAUUAAGAAACGCUGAUACCUCAAAUCCUCAAUUCAGACUUUAAAAAAACAAAACAAAACAAACAUUUCCUCCGCUCCCUGCCGGCCUCACGGGGCCGGACUCACAUUCAUACAUUCCCAGAGAUGAAGCUAAAAAAAAUUAAAAAAUAAACACUGGUGCUCUGUGAGGAGGGAGCUCGGAGGAUGAGGAGGGAGGGAGGAGGACACCUCAGAGUCGGAUCACGUGGACUGAAACCCGUCAGCCGGAUCCGGCUCCUCGGUGGCGUUCAUGGGGCACUUUGUAUGAACUGUUUGGGCAUUCCACGGGUCAGGACGGGAUGAACGGACCGACGACGGCGACGACGAACGCGCGUCGAGUUUUUGUUUCAUUCAGACCAAAUCCAGAGACGAGCGACGUCUCUGCUUCAUUCACUACUCACCUUUUGUAAAUACAGUUAGAAAAUUAUAAAUAUGAAUAUAUAUUUACAUUGUACUCUUAUUUUUAUGACAUAAUUGAUUUAUUUCUUUUGUACUUUUUGUUUUUUUUAAUAUAGUCUGUAGGGGCAGUUGUUACACGAGAAUAUUUUA